UGUGAGAUGGAGGGGAUUAGUGUAAUUUCGCGAAUAUGAUAAUCUCUUACGGACACUUCGAAUUAGGGUUAGGGUUUUUAUACUCCACUGCAAUCGUCGGCUCCGGCUGUUCUGGUUGCAAACCCUAAACCAAGAGGCGGAGUGCUUUGAAAGAAAUCGAAGAGAGGGAAAAUGGUGGAGAAGACGAAAGGAAGAAAGGAGGAGGUGGUGUCGAGGGAGUACACCAUCAACCUCCACAAGCGCUUGCAUGGAUGUACAUUCAAAAAGAAGGCUCCUAAAGCCAUAAAGGAGAUCAGGAGAUUUGCUCAGAAAGCCAUGGGAACCAAUGAUGUCAGGGUGGAUGUGAAGCUUAACAAAUACAUCUGGAGCAGGGGGAUACGUAGUGUUCCAAGGCGGGUCAGAGUUCGCAUUGCGCGCAAGAGGAAUGAUGAUGAGGAUGCCAAGGAAGAGCUCUACUCUCUUGUCACUGUUGCUGAAAUUCCACCAGAAGGGUUGAAGGGCUUGGGUACCAAGGUCAUCGAGGAAGAUGAUUGAAUUACCACUGUAUUAUGUUUUAUUUGCAGCCAGCCUGACUGUUACAUGGGAGUAUCAACUCUUAUGUUACUGGUUUUUGGUUUUUGGGAGGUGGUUCAUUAUUUUUUAGAGCAGACAUUGAUGAUUUUGUUUUGGUUGUAGCAAUACAAUUUUUAUGCCGUGACUUAAAAUUUGCUGAAAUUUCUUAUGUGAGCUUUUUGAGCAGGCUUUCUUCCUGCCCUCAUUAA